AUGGCGUUGCAGUGGAUGAUUCUGGCGUACGUUGUUGCAGCCGAGGCGGGCCUGGCUGUUCUUCUCACCCUACCUUCACCAAAGGCCAUCAAGUCCCGUCUCGUCUCUCUAAUCUCUCUCAUCCUCCAACCCUCCAUGUUCAUUGUUCCUUUCUCUGCCUUCCAACUCCUAGAUAUAUAUUGGAAAAAUGAGCACCGCUUGAUGUGUACUGGCGAGAUCUGCACUGCAGCUGAAAGGGAUCGCUACGAGAAAUCGGAUUCAAUGCUUUCGGCUCUAAUCAUCUUCGUUGUGUCUGUAUCGAGGGGACCGAUUUACAAGGCUCAAAGGAAUGUGAUUUUGUGUGCUGCAGCAUGCCUUUUGUAUUGGUGCAUUUACCGUAUCUGCAAGUAUUAUAAGGAUAUCCAAAGCAUGGAGGAAGUGGAGAAAAGGUACAAGGACCAGUAG